AUGAGGUUCACGUUCCCUCUCAUGGCCAUUGGCCUGGAAGUUGCCAUGAUUGUUUUAUUUGGAUUAUUUGUUCAGUAUGAAACGGAUCAGAAUGUUUCCCAGCAGCCCAACAGCACCAAGUCACCUACCGUGGAUGUGGACAGAUACCUUGACCUGUAUCCUCUCUUCCAAGAUGUGCAUGUUAUGAUAUUCGCUGGGUUUGGCUUCCUCAUGACCUUCUUGCGAAAAUAUGGCUUCAGCAGUAUGGGCAUCAACCUACUCAUUGCUGCUCUGGGCCUCCAGUGGGGCACUAUUGUACAGGGGAUCCUGCAGAGCCAUGGAGAGAAAUUCCACAUUGAAAUCAAAAACAUGAUAAAUGCAGACUUCAGUACAGCCGCAGUUCUGAUUUCUUUUGGAGCUGUCCUGGGAAAAACAAGUCCAAUCCAAAUGCUGACCAUGACAAUUUUAGAAAUUGCUGUCUUUGCUGUCAAUGAACAUCUGGUUGUCGAGGUAUUUAGGGCCUCUGAUAUUGGAGCAUCAAUGACCAUCCAUGCCUUUGGGGCUUACUUUGGUUUGGCUGUAGCAGGCAUCUUGUAUCGAUCAAGCCUGAAAGAAGGGCAUCGCAAUGAAGAGUCUGUGUACCACUCGGACUUGUUUGCAAUGAUUGGGACUCUUUUUUUAUGGGUACUUUGGCCCAGCUUUAAUUCGGCCAUCGCUGAUGCUGGAAAGAACCAGUACCUGGCCAUCGUAAACACAUACUUCUCUCUUGCCGCCUGCGUGGUUACAGCCUAUGCGUGCUCCAGCCUUCUUGAGAGCCGAGGCAAGCUCCAUAUGGUUCACAUUCAGAAUGCAACCCUUGCUGGAGGAGUGGCUAUAGGCACUACUGCAGACAUGGCAAAUACCCCAUACUAUGCUAUGAUCAUUGGGAGCAUUGCAGGAGUGGUCUGCGUGUUUGGGUUCAAGUUUCUGACUCCAUUUUUCACUACUAAACUGAGGAUCCACGAUACGUGUGGGGUCCAUAACCUACAUGCCUUACCUGGUGUGAUAGGAGGCCUCGCCAGCAUUGUGUUCAUAGCCUUGGAGACAGCUGACACGUCUGCCAUGGCCAUGCAGGCAGCUGCGCUAGGUUCUUCCAUUGGAACAGCACUUGUUGGAGGGCUAGUCACAGGUUUGAUUCUAAAGAUACCUAUCUGGGGACAACCAGCUGACCAGGACUGCUAUGAUGAUUCUGUUUAUUGGGAGGUCCCUAGGAGGACAGAACUGGACGUGUUCAGUCAUUUCCAUGAACAUGGCAACCACAACCAGUUAGAACCUGAAGCCUAAAAACCAUUCCUGUGCCUCCGCCUCUUUUCCCAUUGCCUAGACUUGAAAUAAAAUGGCAGCAUCCAGUGAGAAUAUGGACCAGAAUGGAUAGAUCCUGAGCCCCAAAUGUCCAGUGUGAAAAUGUUUUAACAUAAUCUGGUGCUGUCUCUUGGCAUCAAUGAUCGUUUAGUUGAAGAAGUGUGACAUACAACAGAUGGUCAAAUGGAUUCUAUUCAGGACUCCCAGAUUACUCUUGCCAGUGGGUAGGUACAGGGUGAACAUUCCACGUAUUUUCUUGUAUCUUUUUUUUUCCACAUAGAGGAAAAUUUACAAAGAAACCAACAUUUUCUAAUCAUGUCUUAAUGUACGUACUAUGUCUUCAAUCCCAAAGAUUAUAAAACUGAAGCCAAUGAAACAAUAAUUUAUGUAAGAAAUCUAUAUAAGAAAUAAGAAAGAAACGUAUGUAUGUAAAGCAGUAAUAUGAUUG